UAGUCACGCGCGGAUAAUUUAAAGUUUUCGUACACGUUCUAUUUAUGUUUAAUGCAACAUUUUCUUAAAUGAGCGCGAAUUUGUAUUUAUUUAAUGCACGACUUUGUGGUUGUGCGGAUACGCGUUUCUGUGACACUUCGAACUUGCGUGAAUUGAGCAACUAAAGUAGAUUCUUUCCUAUUUCAUGUCUGCUAUAACCGGAUACCCAUGUCGCUUGAUCUUCCGCUCUGUAAAAAGGGAUGGAUGUAUAUGCUGGAUGAAGAUGAAGAGUGGAGGAAGCACUGGUUCGUGAUCUCUGAUUCAGGAUUGAGAUACUAUAGAGACUCUGUGGCUGAAGAGAGAGAUGAGGCAGAUGGGGAGAUUUAUUUACGUCACUGUCUGCGAGUGGAGGAAUUCGAUGCCGAUAAAAACUAUGGACUUCAACUGCAUAUGCGUCAUGGACUGGUGACCCUGUCAGCGAUGACCUCCAGGAUCAGGAGGAACUGGAUCGACACACUCAGGAGGAGAAUAUCGUUCAGGGAUUCGGCUGAAAGCAUCCGACACCCAGACAACAGUGACAUCAGCGACAGAGAGGACUCUGAUUCCCAGAAUGCACCUCUCACACCCCAUGACCCGGGGUCAGAUGUUUGCGGUCCGUAUCAGGAUGAACCCCGCAUGACGUCCUCACCGUUACCCAACCGGCGGGAAGCCGGCGAGGGCCGCGACCGAGAGCUUGAAAGACGUCUGGAGGGCCGAACCAAGUGGUUCCAGGAGGGAGUUUCUGACAGGGAGGGCGAAGACCCCUGGGACAAGGUGGAGUUGAAGAAGGGUGUCGUGACUCCAGUGAUUUUGACCCGGCCGCAGGUUCCUGACGCUCAGACCGGGCCAGACAUCGAGAGCAAGUGGGCCGACUUUGAGCAGCUUCCGAUCGGAGAGAAAAGGUCCCCAGCUGGUGUCCAGAACCCCCAAACAACAAAUGUGGGUCUUCAGGGGGAGGUGGUGUCUCUGAGGCAGCAGAUCGAGGCUCUCCGUCAGGUCCGUGUGGCUGCUGGUGUUUGUGGUCCUGAUGCUCCCUGCGCUCUGAAGCUGGAGCAGCUGGAGAGAGAGCACAGGGAGAGACGGCAGAAGAUACACGACGAGCACGAGAGAGAGCGCAGAGAGAUGGAGAGAGAGAAACAGAGACUGCUGCAGGAGGAAGCCAAGAACGCAGUGCAAGCGAUGGAGGCUCUGAGGAAAGCUCAUCGGGAGGAGAUUGAGAAGCUGAAGGCUCACGGAGGAGAGACCACAGACCCCUCCGUCAGACAACAGCUGUGCGAGUCGCUCGCUCUGCAGCAGGAGUUGGACGGUCUGUCAGAGCGAUAUUCCCAGCAGUGCGUGGAGCUCAACCGCAUCCAGAGCAACACCGAAGAGAGGAACGGAGAGAUCCGACAGAAGGAGAGAGAGAUGGAGCAGCUCCGGCAAGAGAACCAGGAACUGCAGGAUCGUCUGACGGAGGAGAUAAGUCUCAUGCGAUCCUUCAUCACAGGUCAGAGGUCAGGAGUAGUUCCCCUCGGCAGCUACGAAAGGAGCACCUCCGAACUAGAGAUGUUACUGAAGGUGAAGGAGAGCGAGGUGGAGUUUCUUCACAAGGAGAUCAGCUGUCUCAGGAAACAGGUCCAAACUCUUACUAAGGAGAAUGAAGCGUUGAGCGAGCGCUAUAAACAGGUGUAUGUGGAGCUGGCUGAAUUACGGGGCCGCAGUGAGAGAGACAUCAAUGCACUUAAAGAGCACCUCAAACUCACUGACGCUGCACUGGAGGAGGGGCGUCUCCUAGGCAACAGCACCGACCAAUGAGAGCACAGCAAGAGGGCAAAUGAGACAGAUGGGCUGCACUAGUUUCUCCAUCUCCCUUAGGUCAUGUGUAGACAGGAUACUGUGUUAUGUGAAGCUCUUUUUUAUCUUGUUU